AUGCCAACAAAUCGGCUAAGCAUGGAAGGAGAACCGGUAGCCAUGGAAUCGGUCGCUCAUUCAUUGGAGAUGAUGGCCGAAGUAGCUAAGUACCUCAGCUCCCUUGUAGCAUUUUCGCCGCGCUUCCCCGCGGAACUCCAACCGGACCGGAAUGAGGGGUCGAUCAUCCGCAUCGCCCUCGGCGUCAUCGUGCAUCCGCAACUUGACCGCGAGUCGGAUUGCAAAACACAACAACCGCCGAUCUGGCUGUUGUUCCAUUAUGAUCUCGUUUUAAUUAGCAAGACAACCGGUAUGAUAGACCAGACAACCAUGGUUCAGUCUACGCCUGACCCAAACCGGAGAUAG